UAUCCAUGUAAUUAUGUAUUACUAUUAGAGUAUGUCUCCACACCUGGGAACCGGAAGAGGUUAUUUGUCAUCGUGGCCUUUAGUUGCACGAUCCAUAAUUAUGCUUUCUGCUAGGUGUACUUGGUCGACGAUGGCAGACCAUGCUGAGCAUUGGAGCUAUGAACGCGAGUUUGUGUAUGGUUGGAGGGGUCAUCAAGGGGCUUCUACUCUUUCGUCGUCACGCCGAUGACGAGUUUGUACCCUACCGAGAUCUCGCAGUACAAAUUGCGCACUGCGGGUAUGGCUAUUCUCCGUUUCGUCAAAUACGGAUUCGGUUUUCUCUGUUCUUUCGCCAUGAACUACGCCAUGACGGAUGCUGGUUGAAAAAUUAUCUCAUCAACGCCUCGUGGAACGUACUCGUCGGGAUUAUCAUGUAUUUGUGCUUCCCCGAGACCAAGGGCCCUAAGCUUGAGGAGGUAUCACGGUUCUUCGACGGGUUGCAGCUUGUCGAGGCAUGACUGGCUGGGGACUACUCUUCGAAAGAGGAGCCAGCGGUUGGGAAGCCCAUACUUACAGCGAAAGCUGAAGAUGAAGAUGAGAAAGAUAAUAUUGAUGUCCAAAGGGAGCGCCAUGCAUCUAUUGCGAUGGAAAGGUCCAUGUACUGUUUCAAUACCAUGUCCAGACAGGCCAAACCAACCCAUCAGCAUAUUAUCGAAACCUAGAG